AAAUCCCUGCCCCUUUGUACUGCAGCACAAGGUGCGGCCGCCUUGGCGCCCGGAGGCUCUGCCGCUCUCGCUGCCCGAGCGGGCAGGGAUGACCUCUAAGAAUGCUUCAGGUGAAGCUAAUAGUAACCGGAGAUGACUUUGGCUACUGUCCUCGGAGAAACCAAGGCAUCGUGGACUGCUUCCUGGCUGGUGCGGUGUCUAACGUGUCCCUUCUAGUCAACGGAAGUGCUGCAGAAGACGCAGCCAAGCUGGCAAGGAGACACAACAUCCCAAUAGGCCUGCAUGCCAACCUCUCCGAGGGCUCUCCUGUAUGCGAGGUGCUCAAGACAAACUCUUCUCUGCUCAACCAAGAUGGAUUCUUCCACGGGAAAAUGGGAUUCAGAACAGCUUUAUCAAAGGGUCUCCUGAACAUGUCAGAGGUGAAGCAGGAGCUAAAGGCGCAGGUGGAGCUGUUCCAUGAGCUGACAGGUCACCUACCUCUGCACAUGGACGGGCACCAGCACAUCCACGUCCUCCCAGAGGUCAGACACAUAUUUGCAGAGGUGCUGCGGGAGUAUGGGAUUAAGUACACACGGGUCCCAAUAGAGCCAGGCCUUCAUAACUGUGACUGGAUUCCACCAGCCCUGAUGGACUUUUAUCUGGGAGUAGAGGAAGAUUCCUUUAACACAGUGGAUGUGUUUACACAGCAUGGAAUAAGGUGGACAGACAUUUACAUAGGUCUGAGCACCAUGGGCAAGAACAUGUCUGUGGGUAACAUCUGCAGCGCCAUCGACUCUGCCAUCGUGGAGUUCACGUCCAAGGCGCCUGCGCCCGCACACCCGACGCCACAGGGCAGGAUAGUGACGAUUGAGCUGAUGGUGCAUCCAGGCUACCCGAGUGUCCCACCCGUCGGUGGCUGCGGGGAAGGGCCAGAUGAUUUCUCACAGUCCUGGGAGCGCCUCCACGAACUGCAGACGCUAAUGCAGCCAGAGCUACAGAGCCAUUACAAAAGCAGGAACAUCCAGCUUUGUUCGUUCAAGGACCUUUAAGUGCCCACACACACAGUCAUACUGUGACAGGCAGCUGCUAAUGUCCCCAGACCCCAGGCCACUGUUAGCAGGGCAGAACCUCCUGGGACAGCUGACAGGAGCUGGGAACAGCAUUAGGGUUUUCACAGAAGAGCAACACCCUGUGAGCAGCUACAGGCAGUACCCUGGAGCCCUGACUGGUGGUUUUGAGGCCACAGCAUCUGCUCUGAAGGUGACAAAGCUCUUCAGCAUCACCCACUCACCGUUCCAGCACACAGCCUGGGCUCAGCUCCUGCCACCACGAUGGUGAGCAGCACAAGGAUGACAUGUGACUGUGAGACCACAGUGCACAGCCAGAGGGGUCUGAGCAUUCCUCUUUUUGAGCUGACCUGCAAAAAGAGAAACGUGCUGCAGAGCAAGUGCUGCUUUGGAGCAACUGCUUGGUGUAGGUGCUGGCACAGUCAGCAGUUGGUUUUCUCAAGGCACUUGAUCAUGAUUGCUCCCCCUCUGCUGGCACCUGCUCACUGACGGUGAGGGGAGCAGGGACACGUUACCUUCAGAGCAUUUGUCCAGUCGGAGCAGUUGGAUCAUGGGUUUAGCACGGUGGUGCCUGCAGCCACGCUCCACGUGCAGCCUCGGCCAGCAGGAGCUACGGCUCUUCCCAUUUACGUUGUCUCUUGGCAUUGAGCCACCACAGGAAAGUAACAUCAGUCACAGCCCCUUCCCAGAGGCUUUUCUUUCUGUUUUGUUUUUUCACUGGAUGACUUUGCAAGAGCAGCAACUGUUGACCCAUCUGCUGUUUCCAUAACUGCUGCGUACCGGAGCUCACCAGCAACUGUUCCUGCGCUGCCGCUGCCUCCCGCGAACACAGUGUGGGAAGGCCUGCACCAGCUGGGAGUGAGUUUUCCUUUGGAGAAGGUCCUUGUGUCCAUUUUAACUCCUGUCAUCAAGGCAUUCACAUGCCAGCAAGUCCUAGGAAUGCUGAUCCCUCUAACUGCGUUGAAGAGGUAGCCCUGUCACUGAGCCCUAGCCCUGUCACUCAAGUAUGACCUUCACAGGGGCAAAAAGAUUGUAUGCUUAUUUUCUGCACAAAAGGGAUCUAUUUAACAUACAUUUUGGUUAGGCUUCUUUUUAAUUCUAAAGAGCUCACUAUGAUUGCCAUUCUUUGAAGUGAAAAAUAAACAAACUCAGGCCUUUUUACACUGUAAUGCUUCAAGAGGCUUUUGGUUUCAGAUGCAGCUAGAGAGCAAAGGGAACCACUCACCUGCCUGCUCCUCCUGCGACUGUCUGUGGCACGCUGGAAUGCCCACUCCUACUCUGCAAGUAGUGGGAACUGUCUGACUCUCCCUGUAGGCCAUCUGAGGAAGCUUUUGUUCCAUACAACUGAGAAAAACCAAGAUGCUUUACAAUAUGUUUUCCCGGGGUCUUUCCUAACUCGCUGCCGCAGGAUUACUUUGCUACCUGACAGGUUUGUUGUAAAGCCCAAGUACGGUGCUGUGCAAACGCUGCACCCCGCAGCCGACUCAGAGGAGUGGAGAGCAGCAGGCACCUCUCAGUGUCCCAGUUCCUGCAGCCCUGCCCAGCGGCGUUUGGCGGCUCGGUCCUGUUGCCUGGUACCAGGAUGAGCCCCAGGCAGCAGAGCUGCUGAAGGCAGCUGCAGAGCACAACCAGAGCCGCCAGUGCCAUCUAGUGACCCAGGACCCCCUCACCGUCGGGGAGAGGCCUGAGGGCAGCACCCCUAACUCAAUACCCCUAAUUCAGGUUUUUUUAUGCAACUCCACUCGUUUUGAUGGAUAUUUUUAAACCUUAUUUUUAACAUUUUAAUUGCUCCAUCUUCUAACCCAUGACUUUACUCUGUUCAUAACCCUCAGCACAUCACUCACCUGGUGCCUGCUGGAAGCAUUUUCUGCCAGCUGAACACCAGACCAUGGUAAUUUUGUAAGAGCAGGGAAGUUCUGUACUGCUAAAAUACAUAUUGUGCCAGUUUUGUACUUUUAAGUGAACAGCAUUAAACGCCAAAUUUCCUUUUAAAUGCAAGGGAGUUUUACAUGGAGAAAUGAAUAAAGAACAACUCAAAGACUUCUAGAUAGGGAACCUUUCAAUUGCACAGAUGAGCAAAUUCCUCAGUGGUUCAUAGACUGCAUAAGGUUGGAAGGGACCCUCAAAGGUCAUCUUGUCCAACACCCCCUGCAGCAAGCAGGAACACUUCCAACUAUAUCAGGUUGCCCAGGGCCACAUCAAGUCUGAAAUCCAUCACAGUACUUAGACCAAAACAUUUUAGGACUUGGCAUUAGCACAAGAGUCUUAUUUAUCCUGGAAAAAAACAUCAGAAAUUGGGUUAGAAUCUAAGAGUUUAACUGACACUGUCACCUAGAAAGGCUGGGGCAGAUGAACUUUGGGGUCCCUUACAGCUUGGCAUUCUGUGACUGUCUCUUUGGUCCAGCUGGAGAGUUUGGUUGUAUGAAGACUUUAAAGACAAGACUGAGUUCAAAUUAAACACAUUCAGAGCACUGCCUACGACUAGCACCGUACCAGGACAUGUAACUAGUCUAAACCCCAGACCUCUCUGAAAAUAAAACCAUGCCACAAA